UGUGGUAGAACCUAGAGGAGCGUGGUUGGUCAGGUGGAUACUUGGUCUCCAUUCUGGUCACUUUCACAGUUCUGCUGUUUUUCGACAUACCGGACCCUGAGCCAGAAGGUCACCCAUCAAGCACCAAGGAAACAGCAGCUCAUUCAUCCUAUCGUCAAAGUAAGAACAUCCUCGUGGAAAACGUGGAGCAUGUUCCCUACCUCGGCAGCCUUCUCACCUCUACCAUACACAUUGACCUGGACGUCGGUCUUCACCUGAGCAGCGCCAGUGGUGUGAGUGCCAGGCUUACAAAACGCAACCUGAAGACCCAAACCAAGCUUCUGGUCUACAAAGCUGUUACCCUCCCCAUGCUGGACCAAGGCACGGACCAUCUGCAGUAGGCACCUGAGAGCCUGGAACAGUACCAUCAAAGAUGCUUACACGUCAUCUUAGGGAUUCAUUAGCAGGACAGAUGCGCCAAUGUCAGUGUGUUGGAGAAACAUAACCAGUAUCACCACCACUCAACUACCAUCAUUCACACAUCCAACACAUCCUAAACAGAUCCUGUACUCUCAGCUCAGCCCCACAUUCAAAGGCAACAUCAAAACCCAGCUGAAGAAGUUCCAAGUCUGCCUGGAGAACUGGUAGAACAUGGAUCUAUCUACCGGCAUAAAGGAGCAGCUGCUCACAAGUGGGAAACCCAUCAUGCCGCUCAGACUCAAUGACAGCUACAGAAAGAACGACAUCUAAAGUAUCCAAUGCCAGCACACGCUGUCACCCUCCAAAAUAUCAGCCUCCACAGCCAGCUCACAACCCACAAGUACACCCGACACGGCACACUCAUACUCACUUCCACUUAUGUGUGUACAAACAUCUGGUUUUCUGUCAUCACAGAAGGAGAAGAUUUCAAAUGUAGCUAAGUACAUCAAAAUACAGGCAGAGAAUUUCAACACCACUUCAAGUACAAAUGCACCCAAAAAUACUCAAUUAUCAAGUACAAUAAUACCAGUGAUGUAAUCUGUUACUUUCACCAAGCCUUGUCAUUUAUCAGGAAAUACAACUUUUUAAUUUCACGAUUACUUACCUUUCAUUUCUUCCAUCAAAGAACAAAACCAACAUGGAAAUUUCCCACUUUCACACACCUCACUUUCUGUCCAACACCAGCUCCUUCCUGCUUAAAUGGACCGCACCGUCACAGACACAACACAACCUCCACAACCUCCAGACCCAUCAGAACCUCCAUCAGAAACAUUCACACCUCCAGACCAAUCAGAACAUCCAACACCUCCAGAUCCAUCAAAACCUCCAGGACCUCCAGACCCAUCCGAACCUCCAAUACCUCCAGGACCUCCAGACCCAUCAGAACCUCCAAUACCUCCAGGACCUCCAGACCCAUCAGAGCCUCCAGCACCUCCAGGAUCUUCACAACCUCCAAGACCUGCAGAGCCUUCAGACCCAUCACAAGGUAGACGGCCUGUCAUUGCUCCUGACAUCCAGCUUUCACCUACCAACUGAGCAGAUAGGGACCAGAACCAAAACCAGAACUAUGUGGAUGACAAGCAUGGCACUCUGGCUGGCUGUUAUCAUCCUUCAGUUCGGUGGUCUCACGCUAACAGCCGUCACCGCACCAGCCUGCCGUCCUCCAGGUCACGUGGUUCUAGAGGCCCACCGCCUGCUGUCAGACCUGGGGGCGUCCUUUUCUGUCCACUGCCUGCCAUACAACGCCCACGUGUCCUUCCCACGUGCCGCCCUCGCCAACCGCACAGCCAACGGCACACAGUGUGGGCGGGCGUUGCGGACGCUUUACGAGUCCCUGCAGGGGGCGGAGCAAGUCUUUGAGGACAACGACAUAGCUGAGGGACAAGGUGGAGUCCGGUGGGACAGGCAGAAGCUGGACACCUUCCAGAACCUUCAGAACCGCCUCCUGGUGGAGGGCAGCUGUAUGUCUGCCCUCGGGGACUCAGCUGGUCUCUCGUCCUACUUCAGGAACGUGAGCGCCCUCGUCCACCAGCAGGACAGCGCCCCCUGCGGCUGGUUGGCGCUGCGGCGCGAUCUGCUGUGGCUCCUCAAGUUGUUGCUGCAAAAACACCGCAACUGUUUCAGCUGGUGACGCUCCCAGGCCACGCCCCUGCCACAGACCACACCCCUUCGCUCCACUUGUGCCUAUUUAUGAUGUAAAUCUAUUUAUAUAUUUAAGUUCACAUCAUGACGUUCUCUCUGUCCUAAUGAUGAUGUCGUCAAGACCAUCAUAAUUCUCUUUGAAGGAAUAAAUGUCUCUUCUUUCUGAUUGAUUGAUUGUCUUUAUAGUCAAAUCUUGCAUAGACACGAUGAGUGUAGUUUUUCAAGUCAUACAGUAGUUGCGUUAGCCAUUAGCAAGGUGUGCUAUGGUUGCGUGGGGGCAGCCUGGAUCAGGAGGUAAAGCGGGUUGUCUGCUAGCCCUAGCCAGAGAGUCGGCGGUUUGAAUCCCACUUCCUCCAUCCCAGUACGGUUCUUCUUAUCUUGGCAAGACACUUCAGCCACCUUACCCCCAGGGCCACCCACAGACACUGACCCGGAUCUGGUC